AUGACCAGCUUCACUCGCGAGUUUGACACACCCGUCUUUAAAGGCAAGGUGGAUUUUCCGACCGGAGUCUAUAUCAAUGGCAAGUUCGCAGCAGGAUCUGAUAAUACGACGAUCAAUAUCAUCAAUCCUACCAAUGGCGAGAUCAUGGCCAAAGUCGCCGAGGCGACGCCCAAAGACGUAGACCGGGCCGUCGAUGCGGCUCAGAAAGCGUUCGAUACCACUUGGGGCCUUCACGCUCCAGGUACUCUUCGUGCUAAACUUCUCAACAAACUUGCUAGCCUUAUGGAGGAACAUCAAGAUAGGUUGUCCGCUGUAGAGGCAGUUAACAACGGAAAGACCUUCAACUGGGCAAAAUACGGAGACGUCGCGAUGGCCAUCGAGACGGUCAAGUACUACGCAGGUUGGGCUGACAAGAUACAGGGGAAGACCAUCGAGACGUCGAAGGGAAAGCUCGCCUACACCCGCCACGAGCCUAUCGGAGUGGUCGGUCAAAUCGUGGCGUGGAACUUCCCAAUUCUCCUCAUGUGCUGGAAGAUCGCCCCCGCCCUCGCAUGUGGCAACACCAUCAUCUUCAAGCCGUCCGAAUUUACUCCUCUCUCUGCUCUCUAUCUCGCAUCCCUCACCCAGGCCGCGGGAUUCCCGCCGGGCGUCCUGAACGUCGUCACCGGUACAGGCCCAACCAUCGGAGAAGCCAUAUCUUCACACAUGGGCAUCGAGAAGAUUUCGUUCACGGGCUCGACGAAAGUAGGAAGAAGAAUCAUGGAAUGCGCGUCGAAGAGUAACUUGAAGAACGUGACGCUGGAGCUUGGGGGUAAGAGUCCGAACGUAAUCUUCAAUGACGCGGAUGUGGAGUUGGCUGUCGGAUGGACUUCGCAUGGUAUCUUCUGGAGUGCGGGUCAAGCCUGCGCCGCUGGCUCUCGUAUCUACGUCCAGUCCGGCAUCUACGACAAAUUCCUGAAACUGUUCAGGGAGAAAACCCAGUCGCUCAAACUCGGUGAUCCCUUCAGUACGGACGCUUACCAGGGCCCUGUGGUGUCCAAGGAGCAUUAUGAUCGAGUCAUGGGCUAUAUUGCCUCCGGCAAGGCCGAUGGUGCUACAGUUUAUCAAGGUGGCGAGCGACACGGCGACGCUGGCUACUGGAUCCAACCGACCAUCUUUACCGACGUGAAGCCGGACAUGAAGAUCGUCAAGGAAGAGAUCUUUGGCCCAGUCGGUGUCGUCAUCAGAUUCGAAGACGAAGACGAUGUGGUCAGGCAGGCGAACGAUACGGUGUAUGGGCUGGCAGCGGCGAUCUUCACGCAGGACAUCUCGAGGGCGAUGGAUGUGUCUGAAAGGUUGAAGGCGGGGACAGUGUGGAUCAAUUCCGCGCUCGAAGUGAAUGCGGCCAUUCCGUUUGGCGGUUACAAACAAUCAGGCAUUGGACGAGAUCUCGGGGAAUACGCUCUCAGCCAUUACACGAACGUCAAGGCAGUGCACGUCAACAUUGGCAAUACCCGCAUCUAAGUGAGCGUACUUGGAUCAUACACCUGAGUGCACUCUGAUUCUCGUCUCUCGAAGUGUAUAAUUACUGUAUAAUUACUCAACCUCGUUGACAUGUGUAUCUGAACCUAUUGCCG